GAUUUCUAGUAGUGAUCAGCGAACAUUGGAGGCGACACACAUGGCGACCGUGACGGGGCAGGAUAAGCGUCGUCUUGUCGAUCUCAGCACACGAGUGGGAACCUGCUGGCCCCAAAAUCUAAAGUCCACCCGUGUGUCCGUCUCUGCUGCUGUUAACACUGUGGGAUGAAUGAAGGCAGAUGAAGGAGCUGCUAAAGUUGUGUAAAGUGUACGAUGAGCGUGAGGAGUUUGGAUGUUGAAUGGAUCUGAUGGAGCCUGAAGGUCCCUGUAGGAGAAGCUGCUCCUGAUCUGAAGAAGCCCUGAUAUCAGAGGACGUCGUAGGGCUCAUAAAGCACAUGUUAGGUCUAGAGAUACUGACGUAGGGCGUUUUAUGAAGCCUAUAUCGAUGGAAGAAUGUAUGGAAGGCUUCCUUUAUGAAGCUUAUUGUGAAAGGUCACAUACUGGCUCCAUGUGGAUCUGCACCAGUAGAACUUGGUCAAUACAGUUUAACUUCACUACCUGAGGCUGGUGCAGUGGACGCCAACCAGAUCCUACACUAAAGAUGCCCUCUCGCUGCAGGAAUGCGCUGAACAUCGCUGUCACCACCCUUUUUGCUGCGGUGGUUCUCUUCACCAUCCUCCUGGCUUAUGUCACAGGCUACCAGUUCAUCCACACUGAGCAGCACCACCUUUCCUUCGGCCUCUAUGGUGCCUUCCUCUCGCUCCACCUCUUCCUCCAGAGCCUCUUUGCUUUCCUGGAGCAUCGUCGGAUGAGGAACCCGGCCCGGCCUCAUCACCUCCGCCGCUCCGUGGCGCUCUGCAUCGCGGCCUUCCAGGAGGACCCGGACUACCUGAGGAAGUGUCUGCGCAGCAUCCGCCGCAUCUCCUUCCCGGGCCUGAAGGUGGUGCUGGUGGUGGACGGGAACCGGCCCGAGGACCGCUACAUGAUGGACAUCUUCCAGGAGGUCAUGGGCGGGGCGGAGCAGGCCGGCAGCAUGGUGUGGAAGGGGAACUACCACAGCGACGGCAGCGGAGGAGGAGGCGUCGGAGGCGGGGGGAGGAGCACGGUGCACAUGGAGGAGGCGUCGAGGGUGGCCCGGCUGGUCAGAGGCUGCCGCUAUUCCUGCGUCAUGCAGGAGUGGGGAGGCAAGAGGGAGGUGAUGUACACGGCCUUCAAAGCUCUGGGCGACAGCGUGGAUUAUGUGCAGGUGUGUGACUCGGACACAGUCCUGGACCCGGCUUGUACCAUAGAGAUGCUGAAGAUCCUGGAGGAAGACCCGAUGGUGGGAGGGGUCGGCGGAGACGUACAGAUCCUCAAUAAGUACGACUCGUGGAUCUCCUUCCUCAGCAGCGUACGCUACUGGAUGGCCUUCAACAUCGAGCGCGCCUGCCAGUCGUACUUCGGCUGCGUCCAGUGCAUCAGCGGCCCUCUGGGCAUGUACAGGAACUCCCUGCUGCAGCGCUUCCUGGAGCCCUGGUACCACCAGACCUUCCUGGGCUCCAAGUGCAGCUUCGGAGACGACCGCCACCUCACCAACCGGGUGCUCAGCUUCGGCUACAAGACCAAGUUCACGGCCCGGUCACAGUGCCAGACCGAGACGCCGACCCAGUACCUGCGCUGGCUCAACCAGCAGACUCGGUGGAGCAAGUCGUACUUCCGCGAGUGGCUCUACAACGCCCUGUGGUUCCACAAGCACAGCCUCUGGAUGACCUACGAGUCCGUGGUCACCGGCUUCUUCCCCUUCUUCCUGGUCGCCACCGUCAUCCACCUCUUCUACCGGGGCCGGCUCUGGAACAUCCUGCUCUUCCUGCUGACGGUGCAGCUGGUCGGGAUGGUGAAGGCCACCUACGCCUGCUUCCUGCGGGGCAGCCUGGUCAUGAUCUUCAUGUCGCUCUACUCCCUGCUCUACAUGUCCAGCCUGCUCCCGGCCAAAAUAUUCGCCCUGCUCACCAUCAACAAGGCCGGCUGGGGCACGUCGGGCCGCAGGAAGAUCGUGGUCAACCUCAUCGGCGCCGUUCCCGUCACGGUGUGGGCUAUGGUGCUGCUGGGAGGCGUGGCCUAUACCAUCUACUGUGAAACACAGGAGCCGUUCAGCGAGACUGAGAAGGUCCUGUUGAUAGCGGGGAUGAUACUCUACGCCUGCUACUGGGUCAUUCUGCUGGUGCUCUACCUGGCGAUCGUAGCCAAACGGUGCAACAAGAGGGAGGAGCAGUAUCACCUGCCGUACGCUGAGGCAUAAACCCGCCAGCGGAGAGACCGCUAGGACGUUAGCGCCGGGUUUUUCAAUUCUAGCGAGGUCCCCGUUUGACCCCAUGAGCCGCUAGAAGGAUCGAGCUGGAAACCAGGAUCACACCUUCAUCACUGGUGCUAAAAAAACAAACAAGAGGCGUGAAUCUGAACUCUGGGCGGCAGGAAUCCUCAACGGUGACGGGAUCCACGCAGCUCCCCAUUAAUCGUCACGCUCAAUGGUGCUUCAGACUGAACCAAGCAGGACUGAUCCAGGGUGAUGAUGCUGUUGCUCUGAAGAACAUUAGGUAGACGACGGUGAGUGUAGACAAAAGAAAGAGGGUAAAAAUAACAAUGAAGUCAGAGCUGCAAAACAAACCUGAUCAGAUUCUGUGGAAACGACUGAAAGAGCCACUUGAGUUUAUUUAAAAAAGUUAUUCAGACAAGAAACGACAAGAGAGACUAGAGCUGGAGUCAGGAAGCUAACAGCUAACACAGGUAGCAGGAAAGGCAGUCAGACUCUUCUUACAUAUUAGUGGUCGCUGUAGUCGCUCCUCCUGUACAGACUGACGUAAAAUAUGUGUAGAAAAACACAUAGUUCCAUCUAUCUAUCGAUCAGUGUCGGCAGCUUCUCAAUUUAUCGACGGUUUUGGCUUAAAAACCAUUCGUUACCAGCGGUUUGGUUUCAUGAUGCAAUCUUUGUUCAAAUAAUAAAAAUAAUAGUAAUAUUUAAAGCCAUAGCUCAUCAAAUUAGUACUGAAGUUAAUUUAGACGCCCGGACACGGACCUGAAAUAGAUUAGAAAUUAACAAGAAAACAUCUGCAACCAACGUUAGCCCAAAGAAACCAAGCUUCGUCUACAGGCUGGAACCAGGCUACGAACUCCUGCAGCUUUAGGACGGGUUUUAUUCUCAGUCUGAGUAAAGACUCACUGCUUUAUAGGGACAGGGUUCUGCACAGUGUCGGCUUUUUCUGAAGCUUCCUCUAAGUUCAGCUGGACAGAUAUCGUUCACUGCCACAUCCUGAUUCAGGGACAGCGCGAGAAAAUGUGUCGGGUUGAUUUUUAGAGACGCCUUGAACUAAUUUCAGUGCAGCUCUGCACGGUUGUAUCAGUUCUGCUGACGGACACGAUUCACAGGGACUAGUUUAACCUGGAGAUGUUUAGUAAUGUAUAAGAAUAAUAAGGUCAGAGGGCGUCUGUGAUCUGAAUCCUGCAGGAAUCAACCUCGUCUUUAAUUUAUAAAGGAAAAAUCAAUCCAACCAUGUUUCUCCAGACGCAGACGUCCUGAGAUAAAACUGAAAAUAAAACUGCCUCUGUUGAUCUGAUAAUGAUGAAGGCUGAGUUCUCAUUUAAUUAAUGCUACGCUUUGCUCAACCUCCACCAGCUACAAGGAGAUUAUAACUGAACUUAUUUUUAAAAAUAGUUUUUACAGCUCUCACGGUCCCACGGGACUAAAAGGAAACUUAUCCAAAACGUCACUACUUGAACAUUUAUCAACAUUAUAUUAACUACCUGAAAUGACAAUUCUUGAAAAGAAAUAUAGUUUUAAUGUAUUUUACAGUUUGGCCCAAGUCCCGCCCACUAACAUGGAGGGGGUGGGGCUUAUGAGCUAUACUGCGGCCUCCAGCCACCAGGGGGAGCUCUGCUAGUUCAGUCUUUACGUACAGUCUCAUCACAUAAUGUUUUAGCAGCAGAGACGUCGGCGUAAAUCAGUAAAUUAGAUGUUGUGACUCCGGGUGAAACUGGUCCCUGAGAAGCUUUAGACUCAAACCUGGUGAAAUCUGAAUGAAGCGUGUUCUGGUGUGAACAGGAGGAACCAGUUCAUCCCGACUGAUCCGACCUUCUCAUGAACAGCACAAUCAUCCGCGAGCAUCCACAGACAAUCCCGAACCUUUCCGAACACGCAGCUGAGUCUUUGGUGCUGUUGAACGGUGUCAACGAGGAGAAAUCUCCGACCCUAGUUUCCUUUUCUAUAAAUAUAUAUAUUGUAAAGGUGCCAAUGACGUUUUCCUACUGGACAGUUGUGUCGUCUCUCUUCAUUCGUUUCAUCCAUCAGCAGCGGAAAGACUGAACAAACCAAAGACGUUUCUUUAAGGUAUGUUCCAAAAAAAAUCCUCAUCCUGUUUUAUUUUAUUUUAAUUUUUUUAACUGUGAAAAUCUCUGCAGUUUAACUUAUGUUCUUGUUUCUUUGGAGCUGGUGCAUAAGUUUAAACGUGAUUUAAAAAUAAUUAAAAAAUGACCCAUUCAUUAAAAAGGAGAACGUGUUUGGA